AUGGCGGUCUUGUGGCCGGGAGCAGGUUGCAGCGUGAAUUGCGAGACCAUCAAGUAUUCUGUCAUGAACGGCUCGUAUUUGGCCAGAACACCGUACUGCUCGGAGGCCGGGUCCAAUUGCACCGUGACACACGCCUCGGCGGCCAUCUUCAUGGACUCCGACGAACGCAGAGCCUUGUCGAUGCUGGUUUUGAUCUGGUGGCUGAACUUGACCAGCUGCUCCAUCUCGUGCUCCAGAGCCGUGUCUUUGUACUCGUCCGGCACAGCGUACCAGCCCGCCCGGAACGGCGACUCGGUAGACCGAGUCACCAGCUCAGGAGCGUGGUUCCACACCUCCUGGAUCAUCACAGGAACAAUCGGACUCAGAACACUCGUCAACACACGCAGAAUCUCCACAAACACCGUCUGCGUGCUGCGCCGCUUCAAACAGUCUGCCGCGUCCGUGUAA